UCGUGGGGCCAACUCUCCACACGAGAGAGCCCCUCUUGCACCGGAGGGAAACGAGGGCGAGGCCCAGAAUCGGCCAACCAUUCCCCAUCUUCAGGCUCCCCUCAUGGAGAGGGCGGCGGGGGGGAGAAGGGUUGAUCCAAGUCCCGAAGAAAGGGCUCUGCCGGGGCUGGGUAGGUGGGGGGGGGCAGGCCCGCCUCCCGGCCGAGGAAAGGAAGCUGCCGGAGCGGGAAGGGAAGCCAUGGCGCGGCCCGAGGGCGCCGUCGGCCGCCAGCUGCUUCUCCGACCCCGGAUCGUCCUUUUCGGAGACUCCAUUACUGAGUUUUCCUUUGAAGAGAAUGGAUGGGGAGCAUCCAUUGCUCACAGGUUAGCUAGAAAAUGUGAUGUCUUGAAUCGUGGACUCUCUGGAUAUAACACGAGGUGGGCAAAAAUCGUUCUUCCAAGACUGGUCAACAAGGAUUCUAUUGCUAAGACUGUAGCUGUAACAGUUUUCUUUGGCGCUAAUGACAGUGCUUUAAAAGAUGUGAAUCCUAAACAACAUGUUCCGCUAGAUGAAUAUGCUGAUAAUUUGAGAGCCAUGAUACAGUACUUAAAAUUUGUGGAUAUUACAGAAGAUAAAGUUGUCCUGGUGACACCGCCACCACUUCAUGAAGCAUCCUGGGAAAAAGAGUGUAUUGCCAAAGGUGAAAAAUUAAACCGUCUCAACUCUACCACUGGGGAAUAUGCCAAGGCCUGUGUUAAAGUAGCAGAAGAGUGUGGCACUUCUUUCAUUGACCUGUGGACAUUGAUGCAAAAAAAUAAUCAGGACUUUUGCUGCUAUCUAUCCGAUGGACUCCAUUUAUCAGCCAAAGGAAACAAUUUCCUAGCAAACCAGCUUUGGUCACUCCUGGAACAAAAAACAUCCCCCCUUCCUAUGCUGCUUCCCUACUGGCGAGAUGUGGAUCAUCUAAAUCCAGAAGCUAGUCUCCUGGGCAGUCCUCAGGAUUGAAUAGAAAGUACAACAGAAGCACCUGUGCAGACAGCAGCAGCAUCUUUAAAUGUAGAGAAUAAAAUUCCUUGCAGUGAGGUGAAGUGGGGGAAUAAAUAAUUUUUUAAUGAAA